AUGCGCCUGCUGCGCUUCGUGCGCUCGCUGCGGAACCUCGUGAGCUCCAUCGCAAUGACUAUGCGCUCCCUUGGAUGGUCGGUGAUGCUGUUGGUGAUCAUCAUCUACAUGUUCGGAAUUCUCAUCACUGAUGGAGUUACGGACUACAUCACCAGCGAAGCAUCAGUAGAAACCUGGACAAAAGAACAGCUUCGUCUGUACUUCGGCUCCGUGCAUAGCGCGAUGCACACCUUGUUUCGCUCAAUCGCCAAUGGUCUCAGCUGGGAUGUGGUGGUCCGACCAUUGAUCCAGGUCGGAUGGCUUUGGGGUCCCUGGGCGCAGCCCGCGGCGCAGCCCGCGCGGGAGGAUGGGGAGCUCGGGUUCAAUGGUUCGUGGUUUUAA